AGCUAUGGAUACAGAUACAGUUCAAUCAGUCAGUGAUAAUGUUAGCUAUCAUUGAUACUUUUGGGGAAAAAUAGUAUUUAAUUUAUUUUUAUUUAUUUUUUUGGCAAAAUUGCCCUUGGAAGUUGCAUAUUGCAGCAUUACUAAUCUAAUAGUUCUCACCUCUAUUAGGAAGGACUAAGGAGAAGGGUUCCUCUAGAAUAUUGAUCGAUCAAGAACAAGAAGAUAUAUGGCAGAAACAAAUGUAACGGAAGCUGUAAAUGGCGAUCAAUCUCUUACUUCAUCCAAUUAUCAAAAUUGGAAAGUCUACAUGCAGAACUUCUUGUCAAAUCUAAAUCUAUGGGAUAUUAUCAAUGGAACCGAGUCUGAACCAGAUGCAGCUGAUCAGAAAUACCAUACUUGGGUCAUGAAAAAUGAAAUGGCUCUUAACGCCGUAAAGACAUCAUGCAGACCAGAAAUGGUUCUUCAUCUCCAAGGUAUUACUUCUGCUAAAACGGCUUGGGAUCAAUUAGCAUCGUUGCAAUCCCCAGCGUCCAGCAGUGCUGAAGAAAAGGGUGAGUCCAAGGAAAUACAACACGGUGAUGACGAUAGACCUGAUGCAUUGCCAGAAACAGAAGAUUCUUUCUCCGGUGAGCCUGAAUAUAUACGGUUUAGACCAUUUUACAAAGCUCUUAUUAAAGGUGAUUGGGAAACUGCAAAAGAAACUAUAGAGGACGAUCCCGGAGCAUUGACUGCAAAAAUUACACAUGCUGGAGAGACAGCUCUACACGUAGCUAUUCUGUCUGCUAAACUUAAUACUGUGAAAGAGCUACUGAAGUUGCUGCCUCCUGAAGCAUUAGAAGCAAAGAGCAAUCCAGGUAAUCCUGCCAUUUCAUUUGCAGCAUCACUUGGAAUCACAGAAAUUGCUAAGCUCGUUGUUGAAAAGAACAAUGGUGUUUUACGAAUUAUAAACCAAUAUGGGCGAAUCCCACUUGUGGCCGCUGUACUCAACGGGAAAGAGGAUAUGGUACGUUAUUUGUACUCGGUGACACCCGAGGAGGAGCUAGAUCCAGACACUAGUAAAAAUGGCGCUACUUUUCUUACUGGUGCAAUCACCGCAGAGAUGUAUGAUAUUGCUUUGGAUGCGCUAGAACUUUACCCAAACUUAGCUAUUUCUGAAGAUUUGUUCGGAAAGACUGCUAUUGCUGAAUUGGCUCGGAAGUCUUCUGCAUUUCCAAGUGGAAGCCGAUUUGGGUUUUGGCAAAAAUGGUUAUAUUCAUCAUGUGUUCAGCCUGGUUUUUCUGAAGAUUUAAUCACUGCUAUUGCAAAUUCCUUCCCCGGAAUAUCGACCCCCAGAAUACGGUCCCCCGAAAGUACUUCUGGAGAAUUAUGCACUGAUGUCAAAUCGUCCCCCGGAAUAAUGAUCCCCUUACCCAAUGUACGGUCCCCAAUACGGUCCCGCAGCAGACGCAUUUCUGAAGAAAUCAUUUUUUUGAGCAAAUCAAGUGGAAGUCGAUUUGGAUCCUGGAUGCAACACUUAUACUCAUCAUGUUUAUUUGUAGUUCCAGGUGUAAAGGACAUACAAAAGAAAAAGAUAAAACAUGCUGAAGUCCUUAUACUACUGAAAGUUGUGUGCUCAGCUAUAGGCCUCCUGGCUGUUGAAGAACUCAAAGAUGGAAAAAUAGAUGACGCAAUCCAUCUAACCGCAACUAAUGGGAAUAUCGAAGUUUUCAUGGAGCUUCUUGAUGCAAAUCCUUGUUUGGUCUAUUCCAUAUCUUCAAGCAAAAGGACCUUGUAUCACCAAGCUGUUAUGUCUCGCCAAGUAAAUAUCUUCAAUUUCAUAUCUUCAAUGGGCCAAAGAGAUUCUAGAGCAACUGCUUUGGAUGAUGACCAAAACAACUUGUUACAUUUUGCUGGAGUUUUGCCAUCGCCCUCUCAAUUAGAUAAAAUAUCUGGUGCAGCUCUCCAAAUGCAAAGGGCGCUUCAAUGGUUUCAGGAGGUUGAAAAGAUUGUGCAAUCAAAAUUUAAAGAGUUUGUUAACAAAGACGGUAUAACACCUGCACAAUUGUUUACAAAAGAACAUAAAGCCUUGAAGAAAGAUGGAGAAGCAUGGAUGAAAGAAACAGCAAAUGCAUGUAUGCUUGUUUCAGCUCUUAUUGCCACAGUAAUGUUUGCAGCGGCCUUUACAGUACCCGGUGGAAAUGUUGAAAGUACAGGAACCCCUUUUUUCUUGAAGACAACAGCAUUCACCAUCUUUAUCGUAUCAGAUGCAAUUUCUCUCUUCGCAUCAUGCACAUCCAUAUUGAUGUUCUUUGCAAUUUUAACAGCACGUUACGCCGAACAAGAUUUCUUAAAAUCCUUACCAAAAAAGUUGAUUAUAGGUCUCGCGUCCCUUUUCAUUUCUAUAGCAGCUAUGAUGGCUGCUUUUGGAGCGACUCUUGUUAUUGUUCUGCAAAAUAGAGUUACUUGGGUUUCAAUCCCCGUGACUUUGCUGGCGACUGUACCUGUUGCUUUAUUUGGAUUUUUACAGUUUCCAUUAUUCAUUGACAUAGUCCGGUCUACUUAUGGAACUGGUAUUUUUACUUGGCAAAAAGCUAAUUUGAAGAAUAACAAAUAGAAGCUUUCUCUUUUU